AUGACUUUGGCUCGGUCGGACCUCAUACCAAAGGGUAUUCACGAUCCUUCCAGAGGCCACAUUUCAGCAGUCGCCGCGAACGACUCUCGACAAUUUAUUGGCACAGCUGAGAAUGUUCACUUCCAUGGGGAAGAAACCCAGUUCCUGGAUGAUUCGCAUUUACCAUGUGCGAGGAAUGCACGGUACAACGCGCUCGCCGACAGCGAGGAAUCUCCCUGCUGCCUUGAAGGCACGCGCGUCCAGAUCCUCCGGGACAUUGACGAUUGGGUCAAUGACAGAGGAAGCCGUUCUAUAUUUUGGCUGAGUGGCUUGGCUGGGACAGGAAAGACAGCGAUAGCCCGCACGGUCGCUCAUAAAUACGACGAAAAAUCUCGACUCGGGGCCAGCUUCUUUUUUCCUACUCUUCAUUCUGACACCAGGUGUGCGACGAGCUUCGUGACUACGAUUGGGCGGCAGCUGGCGGACGCAGAUGCCUCCCUGCGCGAUGAGAUUAAUCGAGCUAUUCGCCAAAGAAGGCACAUUUCCAGUUACGCUCUUGAGGAUCAGUGGCGUCAUCUCAUUCUUGGUCCUUUGGCUCGGGCUAAACUAGAAUCAGCUCGUCUACCUUACGUCCUAGUUAUUGACGGCUUGGAAGAAUGCAAGACCACGAGCGGCAUUGCCACAGUCCUCCGUCUACUAUCUCAGACACGAACACUCGGAUCAAAGACCCUGCGAGUACUUCUCACAAGCAGACCUGACACGAGAAUUGAAGCAGGGUUUGUUGACAUACCAGAGGACAUGUGGCGUUCUUUCAAGCUCCACAGUCUAGACAAUGAGGUCGUUGACGAUGAUAUACGCAAUUUUCUCACCCACAGAUUCAAGCGCAUUGCCAAAACUCAUCAGCAGGCUAAUGGCUGGCCCGGAACCAACACAAUCGACAUAUUGACACGAAAGGCCGGUGGUCUGUUCAUAUGGGCUACGACUGCAUGCAGAUUCGUUGGAUCAGAUAGUCGAUUCUCUCAGCGUCGACUGCUUCAACUCCUCAAUGAUCAUAUUUCCAUUGAUGAUCCGACAUCCGCGCUGGACAAAAUCUACCUCAAUGUUCUUCAGAGUACUGUCGCAGAAGGGCACACCGCAGAGGAAAAGGGUUCUAUCUACGAAAUCGUCCGGCUAGUCCUAGGGGCCAUGUCUGUGCUUGUUUAUCCGCUUCCAAUCACUGAUCUUGUUGUUUUGUUGCAAUCUGCACCUCGAUCAUAUCGAGCGGAACAAUUGGAGAUCAAAAGUAUUGAUGCGCGUGAGGUUCACCUAAACCUCAAACACUUGAGUGCAAUUGUGGACGUCCCCGAAGAAGAGAAUCGGUCCCCUCGCCUCCAUCACCCGGCCUUGCGUCAAUUUCUCUUUGAUCCAGCGAGAUGUAAGGAGCAUGCAUUUCAUGUCAAAAAAAGAGAAACACACCUCAUCUUGGCUGGAUUCUGUGUGAGCCUGAUGUCCCAAUCCUGGGAAUGCCGUCCAAAUGAACGGGGAAACUUCGGCUUGGAAAAGUCUUAUGACCCUCUCACCGACAGAAACCCUACCGGGCCAGAACAGCGCCUACAAGUUAGCUUGCGGUAUGCAUGUCUCUACUGGGUCCAUCACCUGCAACAAAGCGGUGCCACCCUUCAUGAAAACGACAGUUUUCAUCAUUUUGUUCGAAAACAUGUUAUACACUGGGUUAAAGCUCUGAUUUCGAUGGAGAAGAUUCCUGAUGGGCUGCGUGCAGUUUCUUCGUUGGAAGAAAUGACAUUUAGUCACAACGUCUGUGCACAUAUUCGUGAUGCAAAGCGAUCUUUGCUGUAUCCCGGACAAAGCUUGCUAGGCGCUGCAGGAUAUAAUCCAAGAGCCAGAUAG